AUGGUACAGUCUUCCCUCCUGAAUGGUGAAAGCUGGAAAGAGAAAGACUGUCGUGUAGGAACAUGUGUUAAUGGCAAUGUGACCCAUUCACCGCUCGUCUGUCCAACUCCAAAGCCUGUAGUGUGUGCAAAUAACUUCGCUCCUGUAAAAGUGUACGAUGAUGAUGGAUGCUGCUACCACUAUGAAUGCCAAUGUAUCUGCUACGGCUGGGGAGACCCUCAUUAUGUCACCUUCGAUGGAACCUACUAUGGUUUUCAAGGCAACUGUUCCUACUGGCUGGUGAAAGAGAUCGACCCCAAAUACAACUUCAGUGUUUCCAUCUAUAACCAAUACUGUGGUGCAGCUGACGGCUUGUCCUGUCCUAAGGCCAUCACUGUCUUUUACCAAAACUUCAGGAUCUUUAUCACACAGAGGCAUAUCAAUAGCACUUUCAUAAAUGAGAUUACUGUGAAUGACAAGCGUGUAAGUCCUGCAUACCAGAAUGCUGACUUCCGUAUAGCCACCACCGGUAUUGACACAGUGCUCGUCAUCCCUAAAAUCGGAGCCAGGAUCACCUUCUCAGGCCUCAUAUUCAGCAUCUACUUGCCCUACAGCAAAUUUAGCGGCAACACCUGGGGACAGUGUGGUACAUGUGACAACAACCGGACAGACGACUGCAUGUUGCCCAGUGGCAAAAUUGACCCUUCAUGUCCCGGUAUGGCACACGAGUGGCACGAUGGUGGCUGUGAAGUCAUUCACCCAACACCAACACCGGCGCCAUCACCAUCACCUACACCUACUCCCUGUGAUACGACCAUCUGUGAUAUCAUCAAAAGCAGCGUGUUUGAAGAGUGCCACAAGCUCAUUGGCUACGGUCCAUUCAUCAAGGCCUGUGAGUCGGACAUUUGCCACACGCACAUCAAGCACAUCGGCUGCACCAGCUUACAAAUGUAUGCUGACUCCUGUGCUGAAGCUGGAGUGUGUGUCGACUGGAGGAGUGUCACCAAAGGACUCUGCAAUUAUACCUGUACGAGUCCCAAAGUGUAUCAGGCCUGUGGCCCUCUGGUGGAGAACACCUGUGAUUCCUGGUACAACCAGAAGUUCAUCAGUACUGUCAAUCAGUUCAGUGUCAUGCUGAAUAUGAAACUGGAGGGUUGCUACUGCCCGCCGGGCACCUAUCUCCUCUCUUCCAGCUCCAAUGAAUGUGUGCCCACCUGUGGCCAACUCAACAUGGACAGAGGGCUGUAA